AUGUCGUCUGAUCAAGUCCAAAUCGGUGUCAUCGGCGGCAGCGGGUUGUACCAUCUCGACAACCUCACGUUCAUAAAACAUGUCAACCCGGAGACGCCCUGGGGCUUCCCAUCAUCCCCGAUCAGCAUCUGUUCUCUACCCUCGGGCGCUCGCGUUGCCUUCCUCGCACGCCACGGAACUGGCCACAGCAUCAACCCCUCCGCCGUCCCCGCCCGCGCGAACAUCGCCGCGCUCAAGUCGCUCGGCGCGCACACCGUGCUCGCCUUCUCUGCCGUCGGCUCGCUCCGUGAGGAGAUUGCGCCGGGCGACUUCGUCCUGCCCACGCAGAUCGUAGAUCGCACCAAGGGCGUUCGCCCCGCGAGUUUUUUCGAGGGCACGAGCGUCGUCGCCCACGCCGCGUUCGGCGAUCCGUUCUCGACCAAGCUAGUUCAGUGGCUCGAGCGCGAGGUUGCGAAGGCGCUCGAAGGUCGCGGCGUUAAGCUGCACACGGACAAGACGAUCGUCUGCAUGGAGGGCCCGCAGUUCUCGACGAGGGCGGAAAGCAUCCUGUACAGGAACUGGGGAUGCGACAUCAUCAACAUGAGCGUGCUCCCGGAGGCGAAGCUGGCUCGCGAGGCCGAAUUGGCAUACGCUUUGAUUGCCACCGCGACCGACUACGAUGCCUGGCGCCCGCACGAAGAGACCGUUACUGCCGCCGAGGUGUUCAAGACGCUGAAGACCAAUGCCGAAACUUCUCGCCAUGUCGCAGCCACCAUCUUAGAGGAUCUGCAUGCCGCGGACUUCCUCAAGGACGAGGUCGGAUCAAUGAAGUUUUCCAUCAUGCCUCGCAGCGAAGCGCAAAAGGAUGAAGAUCGACAGAAGCUGGCAUACGUUUUGCCCGACUACUUCAGCUAA